UAUAUCUUCUUGGAAAGACUACUUAAAGAAAGAUUCGUUGUCUAACUGCCAUGAGUUCCUUUGCAACGUUUCUUCUGCUGACUUUUUCAGCAAUAGCUCUCAUUGUAGUUGCCAAAAGUGACAGAACAAUGCCAGUCGAAAUGGAGGAAAAUGAACUCGUUAGUUUACUCAACUCUAUCAAUAAACCUGCAGUCACCAGUUUCCAGGUAAAAGUUAGCCUUUCUACAAAUAUGAUAGAUAUCAUAUAUGGUUUUGGUUGUUUAUGCGACCAGAAUCACUAUGAUUUCUUUUUGGAUCACAUCAAGUUUGUUGCAUUUCAUUUCUCACAGACCGAGCAUGGUGAUAUACUGGAUUGCAUCGACAUUAAUAAGCAGCUUGCCUUUGAUCAUCCUCUCCUCAAGAACCAUACUAUUCAGUUGAGGCCUGGAAAUAUACCUAAAUGGACAAUAAACAAUAGCAGUUCAAAGAAUGGUGGUUCCACGCCGUUUCGACAAGAUGGCAUUAGUUGUCCAUUUGGGACGGUGAUUGUUAAGAGGACCACACAUGAAGAUCUUAUACUAUCUCAGCGUUUGAAAUCUACGGGGUCCAAAUAUUCAACAUAUGUUACUUCAAAGGAUAAGAACAUUGAUUUAACUGGUUUUCAUUUUGCAAUGGCUGACUACGGACAUAAAAAUUAUGGAGCAAAGGUAAACCUUAGCAUUUGGGAACCAAAAGUUUCACCCACUCAAUUCAGUUCUGCGAGUAUGCUUAUUGCCGGCGGCUCUAAAGAACAGUUUCAAAGCAUUAGAGCUGGAUGGAUAGUUUAUCAAUGGUUGAACCGGAAUCACAGUCGCUUAUACACCUACUGGACUGCAGAUGGAUUUAUCAAGACAGGUUGCUAUAAUACAUUAUGUCCUGGUUUUGUGCAAGUGAGCAAAAGAGUCCCACUCGGCAUCCUUCUUGAACCAGUUUCUAUUUACGAUGGCCACCAAAGUGAAGUAGGGAUCGUCAUCUAUAAGGAUAUCGUCACAGGAAAUUGGUGGUUAUUUGUACACGACGAAAUGGUUGGAUACUGGCCAAACUCAUUGUUCACAAAAUCAGGCUUAGGCCAGGGAGCAGGUUUGGUUUCAUAUGGAGGAGAAGUAUACAGUCCAGUGAAUGAGAAGAGUCCAAGCAUGGGAAGUGGGCAUUUCCCGGCUGAAGGCUACACAAAAGCAGCCUAUGUGAAUGGUUUUGAAGUGGUCAGUAAUAAUGAUAGCAUAUUUUCAGAGCCAAGUUUUCGUGUAAUGAUUUUUGCAAACACCCCAAAAUGUUAUAGAGUAAUGCCUGGUCGAGGUCAACUUAGAGUUUGGUUCGACUCUCUCUACUAUGGAGGGCCAGGAGGAUGUGUUUAAGAUCUCUUCUUUCUGAGUAUCCUCUGUUUCUUCAGUUUAAGUAUAAGAAAAUAAAAUGGAUGUUCGGAUCCUGGAACUUCUUUAAUGAGAUUUAACAGAGUUUCAAGAAUGCUUUGGUGUGUGUUUAAUUGGGAAUAAUUCAAUUGAUUGUUUUGAAAGUGAUUGUGGAAGCUACUUUAUACUUCAUGAAUGCACUCAGAUUUCAUUAUUUUUUCAAAAAAUAUGCAGAGCUAAAUGUCAGAAGUAUCAAAUAUUCAUAGGAACAAACUUCGUUAAUGCACUCAGAUUUAAUUGAUUUUAUUCCAUGGAGAUUUGAACACCACUUAAUGUAAGUUGUAUGUUAUAAACUAAACCUUUUGAUUCAUUUUUUUUUUAUUUUCAGAAGAGAAGACAUGAUCCAUGAUCUGAAGUGUUACAAAAUGACUCUUUUGUAUGCUUUUAUGAAUAAAUAUUUUUUUUUCAUGAAUCUAUUCACCCGUUUCACAUAAAUUGAGAAUAUAUGAUCUUCACAACUUUCAGCAACAGCUUGAGGAGGAUGUAUUGAAUCUGAAAUUUGAAGUGGUUUGGUUUUAGUGAGUUUUUAGAUAAUUUUAGAUGAAUAUUAAAAUGGGUCUCUAUUAAAAUUUGGCGUGAUUUUUCUUAAAGAACUCUACUUACUCAUUUAAAAUCAUAGGAUUUGAGUUUUUAUUUUUAUAAUUAAGAAACCUCUCUCAAACACCUUCAAAACAUUUAAAACACUCUAAAAUCUUCAGUUUAAAUUUUGUUCAAUAACAGUGGAUUUCAAAAUGUUUGUUAAAAUGACAAGUUCAAUAACAUUGGAUUCUAAAAUGUUUUUUAAAAUCUUCAUUUGAAUAACAAUAGAUUUUUCAUUUUAAUACAAAUCAACCAAAACUCUUAGUUGAAUACACUCCCUAAAUGUGUCUUUGACUUCAACGGCUGAAAGUAAUGAAAUUAUAGCCAAAGUUUUAAAUGUCACAAUCAAGUUAUUGUAAACUAUCAUCCUUUAUA